ACUAACGCCGCCAUCUUCUUCGUCUGUUCGAAAACUUUGGAGCAAUCCAUAAUGACAAGGCACGCGAAAAAUUGUACCGCAGGGACAGUUUAUUCCUAUCACGAACGAAAGAAAGAUACUCAGAAGUCCGGAUAUGGCAGUAAAGCUGUGCGAUUGGGUAAAGAUUCAGUAAAAAGUUUCGACUGUUGCUCGCUCACUCUUCAGCCUUGCCGAGAACCAGUCGUCACUCCAGACGGCUUCUUAUACGACAGAGAAGCUAUAUUAGAAUGUCUUCUUCAUCAGAAAACCGAAGCUGCGAGGAAAAUGAAAGCUUUCGAGAAACAAAAGAAGAAGCAAGAGGCUGAAGAGCUUGGGAAAAUAGAGGAGAAGGAGCGAUCGAAGGUGGAAUCAUUUGUGAACAUGGAAAAACGACUCACUACAAAAACAACCUCUGCAUUCACUGUGACAAAGGAAAAAAGCGCUGCUGGACCUUCUUCUGUGGUGGAUGAUCAAACACCGUCAACAUCAAAUGGUAAGCGAAAAUGAUAAUGUCCUGAUUUUCAUGGUGCAGGUCUCUCAACCACACCAAAAAAUUAUAUCUGCAGACUGUAUUACAUAAAUCAAACUUCCCAACUGUAAGCAGAAGCUAGUUUGAUUUGUACAAUACAGUCUCUUUUUUUUUACCAUAUUAAAAUGGUAUUGUAGAUUUACGGCCGGGGGAGUGACCGGAAUUGGUGAACCAGGAAGGUCCUUUUAAGGCAUUAUUUUUAAAAAAUGCUCACAAGAAAUAAACUAUUUAAUUUGGCAAUAAUAAUUAUUGUUUUGCAAUUUUUCGGUUUUUACUUGACUCCAAAACAAAUUCCAAUCGGAAAGAGAGUACCAAUCCCUGAUGACAGAUGGUUUGCAGAUAGUACGGGGUAAUUUUAAAUGUCCUGUCCAGUUGUUGCAUUGACUCACCAGAAAAAUCAGUUUACUGAAGCUCUGUCAGUGAAAAUCUUGGUGCUGCUCUCUGCCUUUGGAUCUGAUGAAGUCGAUCUCUAGAGGGCUGCUCUCUAGGGAUGUCUUCAUCAGAUUUAAAGGCUGAGCCACUAAUAUAAGUAUUAUGAGUUAUGCGUUACAUAACCAAUUGAGUGAAAUAAGGGUCGAAACAAGAAGGAGGAGGGAAAUAAGAGUAGGUUGUUGCUUUAAACAUGCUACUCAGUGCAUAAAAAGAACUUGAAUUCCAGCACUUCCUUUGGGCAAGCAGGUCUUGUGUUUUGCUUGCCCAGGCCAACUACUUGCAUGUAUUAGUUAAUAAUUUGGCUGAAGGAUGACUGUACUGGACCCAGCCUUACCCACAAGUUAAGCAAGUGAGCUUGAAAAACUACUAGCCCUGCAAGAAAAUCUACUCUUCCCAGAUGACCAAAUUGGACUUUUUUCGAGCCUUCGUACAAUGUAGUGUGAAAAGGAAUUCCUGUUCUGACUUUCCCUUUUUGUUGUUCUAUUUUUUUUUUCACUGUUGUGGUAAGUUGAAGAUUAUUUCUGGAGGCAUGAAAGCUAUAAUGACACGUUGCAAAAGCACAGGGGAGUAAAUUAAUCUCUUUGAAGAAUUUCUGUAAUUUUGCCUUGUGUGUGUCAAAAUCCCUCUUGGACAAUGAGUACUUUUUUGCCAUAUUAUUUGUUUUUAGUAUGUUUACGUAAUAGAUUUCUUUCAUCAUUUUUGUUAACUACAGGUACCACUUCAAAAGGCAAAGACAAAAGUCUUCCAAGUUUCUGGGUUCCUUCCUUAACGCCACAAGCAGAACCAACACUCCUCAAAAAACCAGACACCAAGACAUACUGUCCAAUGAGUGGGAAACCUUUAAAAAUCAAGGAUCUGGUGGCUGUUAAACUGACGCCAAUAGAUGACAAAGAUGAUGGCCGGCCAAUGGUAGCCAAGUCUGAGAGAUACAAAUGUGCCGUCACUCACGAUACACUGGGUAAUUCCGUACCUUGUGCUGUUUUAAAGAACACGGGGCAUGUCGUAACUAUGGACUGUGUUGAGAAGUUAAUCAAGAAAGACAUGCUUUGCCCAUUUACUGGAGCAAAGCUGAAGGACAGUGAUAUCAUUCCAUUGCAGCGUGGUGGAACGGGAUUUGCUGGGGCUGGUGUACAGCUGGAGGCAAAGAAAGCUGGACCUGUUUUACAGGCAUAGACUGGCUCAAUUCAAAGUCUUACGCGAACUAUCAGCUGAACUUCAGCUCUCUUCUCUCCCAAAUAUUUUGUCUCGAGCAACACUGCUUAUUCAGGUGUUAAUAGACUCAAUAACUGUUACAGCAUUUGAUUUGUUUGAUCAGAGAAAUAAUCAUUUUUGCGGUUUUAUGUUAGUGUCAAUUGAAGAAACCUAAUUGCUCUCUUUCCUUUUAUGAAACCCUAGCUAUUUACCACGUUAAAUGUCGUGGGCGGUUUCUUUGUUCUUUCUGAUGUAACCAUGGAUAUUUCCCGUGGUAAAUUUAUCUCGGGAAAGUCCGGUCACACACACCACGUCAAUUUCCCGCGCUAAAGGGUCAUUUUCCGCGGUAAAAGGGUCAUUUACCACGGAAAAAGUUGGGUAGUGAUUUAUCCGGUGGAUAGCGCUAUCCAACUUUUGGACAACCGGGGCCUGAACUGUAAAAUGGAAUCUAAGGUCAAGAUUGAAAAAAUGCUGUGAACCUUCGCUAAAUUAUCAGGAUUAACAUACCAGUUAAAAUUUCAGCUAAAUUAUACGUAAAUUUUCAACACUAACAUGAAAUACUGCCAUGAUCGUCGGCGAUUAUUACUGCAGUAGUACGAAUGAAGCUGUAAAAGGGGCUAAAUUACCUUGGCGUAAAGGUCCCCAAUACACAUGAGGCGGGAGUGGUUGCAUUUUUUGGGGGGCUGCUUUAUUUGUGUAGAUCUUCUCACAGAGUGUACUGUUGAUGCAAUAAAUUAUAUUUGCGGAUGUGUAAAAAGUAGUCAACGCGUUUUCAGACUGAGUAGUUUGUGUUGUUUACAAGUUAUUUGAACAGCAGAUUGAAGAAUUAUCAAUUUCGGAGGUGCCAUAGUCAUAUACAACUGUGUGUUACUUGACAACAAGUCUGAAAUUGAGGAAACUGAAAUUCUGUGAUACUUCGGUGUUACAAGGAGAGUAAAACGUACAAACUUUGCAGAAGCCUCUGAUGUUGUCUUCGGGAAAUUCUAAUCGUAUGAAAGACGUUUAAGUGCGCUGAAGCAAGCUACUCAGAACUACUAUAAGACUGCAGACAUAACAGGCAAAGACGAAAUGAGGUGACCUGGGUGAAAUGUACAGUAAGAAGAAAUUUCUUUUUGCCAGUUAAACUGAGUUGCACCUAAAUGAGUUGGCAAGAAUCUAAUCCUUGGUUUAAAUUUUACUUCCCUUUGUUUCACUAUUGUUUUGGAGUAUCGUGAUGUAUGAUAAGGAGUUUAAACCACGAAAUUGGUUGGUAGUUGGUUAAAAGAAGGCACUUUGGAAAUCUGCCAUUUGUUGAAAAAGUUUUGCCGUCCGUUUAAUAAAAUUUUUAUUCAUUUAUUUAUUUUUUUUGGUGUCUGCAAUAAUUGAUUUUUGUAUCGGGGCAGGAAAACGGAGUCAUAACUAAUGAAUUACGGGCUUAAAAAGAAAGGUUAAAAAUAUUUGGUACUUCACUGUUAGUUAAGCAACAAGUAAACUUCGCAAAUCCAUAUGUUACCAGAUGAACCAUAAAAAAGAAAAUUUUACGAUUCAAGUACAUUUCACUAGGUUGCAUGGUUUUCAAUUAUAUUUUAGACAAGAACGUUAGCUGGCAUACUGUCCUGACGUCGUAAUGUAAGAGUGUUACUCUUCAUCCCACAAUUAACACACAAGAUAUAUUAAACUUUGGGAUAGUCACGUAUUGAGGUCUUUAGAGUGAUACCUGUCAAUUUUAACACGACAAAAAAUUAAACGUGUCACUGAUCGAGGAGUAAUUCAGUUUUUCACUCUACACAAAAUAAACAGUACAAAAACUGAGAAUUAAAACUGCGACCCAACCAAGGCAUGGUAUGCGAAUCGAAUCCAAUUCAACAUGCAUGGCAUCUGAAUCAAUUCGAAACAGCUAGAAAUUUAGGUCAGCUCACCCGGGAUAGAUUUUUCAAAGGUUUGAACCGAAAUGCGCAUUUUUGCCCCUAUUCGAAUUUAGGUGGGCUGGAAUAAUGAUCGGCCUCUGACCAAAAUUCACAUGCGAUUCAGGUCAUGUGGAAAACGGCGCGCGUUAAAAAGUGGUACAGUCAAGGUCGUUGUGUAUGGGAACAAUGCCAAAUGUAUGACUGGUGUAUUCCAGCAACAAAUGGCCGUAAAUGAUGAAUUAUAUUUCUCAAUUACUUUGGCCCCUUAUUAGAACAAUAAUAAAUGCUCUUAAUGACUUGACGUUUAAUUGUUUGAAAAUCGUUAAUCAUUAACGAAGAUGCGACAAUGAGCCAUCUGAUGACUCUUGUGUGUUCUGCUGUUUUUUAUCGAAACGCAGUCCACACUUGAGUCGUAUAUCUGAGUAACUUUAUAUCGCAACCAGAGAAAGAUUAUUUCACUUGUGUGCCAAGUGCGUAACCCAUGCCAUAACAUGGCAACGUGACGUACCCCAGCAAUGUCGAAAAAAGCAAGGUAAGUGUGCAAAGAGGGUUCGUUUCGGAUCAAAACUUGACAUAAAAAAGCAUUCACCAUCUCAUAUCAGUGUGAUCUUCAAUUCUCUCCUCUGCAGUCUACAGACCUUUAUUGACUUUAUUAAAUUUAAGCAGUUCAGUUACGCCGUUUGUUUUCACGUCUUCGGUCAGUUUUAAUGUCUGUUCCUCUGCGCGUUGUCUUUUUCCUGCAAAAAUUGAAUCGUACGUGAUAUAGCUUUUGCAGAGGCGCAGUCCGUUAUUAGAACCGCCUGGCGCGCGCAGCAAGGCUUUUUGCAAGCAAUUUGCAUCUGAGCCAAUAAUCAAUCAAUAAUAUCAAACUUUACCAUAAUUUUCACACAACUGGACCGAGUUUUUUUAAUUUAAAAAAAAGGGUUCGUAGGAAAACCCCAUCGGCGCGUUUUACCCGCCUGGACAAGUGAAAAAGAAUAGAGGAAACGCAAGAAAAAAGCCGGCGGGCGAGAAGGGGAAGACUGAUAUACGUAGUUAAUCGAUAAGCCGAUAACCGAUAUCAAUCGAUAGUAAUCGAUAUAUCCGAUAUCAAUCAAUCGAAAUUGGUAAAGAGAAAAAGUUUUGACUUCGAUUAACAUCGACGAUUUUCCGAUAGAAAUCGAUAAUGAUUUAUUAUCGGUUACUAUCGAUUUCUAUCGACUGUUAUCGAUCUUGCUAAUCGAUAAUGAUCGAUAAAUUAUUUUUUCUGUGACUUCGAUUUCUAUUGCUUUCCAAUAUCAAUCAAUAUUAAUCGGUGGAUUAAGUCAAUUAAUAUCGAUGAUAUCGAUCGAUUUCCGAUGUUGAUUUUUAUCCGAUUGACUACGUCAGGAGACUGACACCCGGGCUGCAAGGAGGGCCUCCUUUCUUUCUUUCUUUUUUAGUCCCCCCUUUUUUAUUUGCGGCCACGCUCGAUUUUUCACCCGCUCGUCCCGUUGCACAGUUUAUAGCAAGAAGGGAUAAGGCACCCUUCAAAGAUUUUUCAAAGAGCACAAAAAAAGUGGAGGUAAGUCAUUAUUUUCUUGAUUACUAUUAAUACCCUAAAAUUGACAAACUUGGAACAGGCUAAGUAUCUUACUGUCCAAAGUGACCUUUCGUUCGAGAAAGGUACGGCAAAAUAAGCCACCUCCAAAAUCUCCUAGGGAUCAAGUAGCUGGGCAACUGAGAUACCGGUAUAUCCAUUCGCCCUAAACCGGAGUUCGAUGAGGAUCAGUUGGGAUAUCUUAGGAGCAAUUAAACCCAACUUUUAUGUCAGUGGUUUCAAAGGAGUGGUACCUUAUUUAUCUGGAGCUUGAUCGUUCGCGGCGAAGCCAGAGCAUUUCCUGGGUGUUUCUGACAACGGACCUCUGGAGCCUGGGUAAGGAGUGGCAGACGUGAAUCGAGAAAAUGUUGACUAAGGGUUCGGGCUUUCAUAGUUCUCACCCGACAAGAAAGACUGAUUCACAUAACCACAGACUGGGACUGUUAAACUUGACAUAACAUGACGCUCUCUCGCUGCGUAAAAAUAUAAAGUUAAGUGCUUUCGAAUUUAUGACAUCCGACCUUUGCAUGGAAAGGAUCGGAGAGAUCGUAGCUCAGCGUAUCACAGUUUUCGCCCAACGAGGUAAGGAUUCCGUACAUAUUACGGUCAUGUUUCAUACCCGUCAUAGUUUGGUGAACACUGAAAUGCACGUAUCUUUUGCUGACUGUGUGUGCAUCAGUUAAGUCAAAGUAUGAAAUCGCCGCAGCCCAUAUUCGGUGAAAAUGGCACUUCCGACGAAGAACGCUCGACAUCGUCGCGUUGCACAAGUCGUUGCCCGCGUGAUCACAGCCGUUAUUUUCGUCACUUCGUGUGGAGGAGCGUUGCGUGACGACACAAAGUUGUAGAGUACUUGUGAAUGAUUGACGCACCGGAUUCGAAUUCACUCAGGCAUAAAUAAUUACAAAUGCUGUUGUAUUUAUAAUAAUCGCGUUCCUGAUGACUGCAUGUCUACGACAAUCAAUAAGCUGUUUGCCACAAAAUUAAAGGUAUGGUGUUCAGUUUAUUUAAAAGUAGGUACAAAACGAUGAUGAUGUGGUCAUAAAUGCAUUUUCAUGAUUAUGAGGGUGUUCAAGUUACUUAACAAAUUAGUAAAUGUUGCCAAAACCUAUUGGUAAGUAGUAACUGUACAUGUGUUUAGCUAUUUAAUAUAUCUUUAUUUAAAAGGGAAGCAUAUUAAGUCAAAAGGCACGUUUUUUGGUAUUGAACCAGUGAAUUAGAACGGCUUAGAUUAAAGUGCUAGCAGUUACACGUUAAUUAGACCGAAGAAAGACACCCAUUGUGUAUUGACGGAUUGUAAUUUCAGAAUCUCCACGAAACAUUUCUUGCUUUGUCAGCUGGUAUCAACAGAUAUGUUACUGCAAUUUAACUAAACUUUCGACUUGCCCUCUAGUUAAUCAAUACUAUACGUAAAUUGAGUAUGAGACAAGUGACAUUAGCAAGUCUUAGAAAAGCCGAGAUGUUUUUUUCAGUGAACAGGUAGCUAACAUACAUAGUCGUACUUAUCGUGAUCGGUACUGCAGUGUAAUUUGACCUAAUUUGUCAAGUCACGUUUUGUUGAUGGUAUGCACAAGCUGGAAGUCACGAAACUGUAAGUUACAGAAUGCUGUUACGCAUUUGCAGAAUAGAGGAUGGAGCGUCUCUUGUGACUUUAGGGCUGUUGCUGUGCAAGGGCUUUGAUGUUAAGUGCAUGUUUUUAAAAUCCAGUUUAAGCAAUGUUAAGUUGGAAAUUAUGAAACUGCAACUAUCAAAAUCAAUCGACCCGCGGUAGCCUGCGUCACAGUCAGGCGCAGCCGUUCCUGACUCGUCCCCAGUCGUCUCUCAGUCUACUAUUAAUUUUAACGAGAUAAGCGCAGUCAGUGGGAGCUUAAGCGGUGAUGGGGAGGAGGAGUUUCUCCCUUUCGUUUUCCUCCUUUCCAUCACCUCUUGCGCUCCCUUCGGUCACGCUUCUCACCUUGAGAUCCAAACAGAGACGAGUCGGGACGAAUCACCCAAAGUUCCUAUUUCUCCUGCAAUUGGUACUCAGACUGGCCUGCCGUGACUGGCGGAGGACCGGGGUGCUUCCCGCCGGCGGAUUGCCACGGCGGGGAAAAAAACUGCUCGUAACUGUUUAAAAAGGGUCUCCAUCCCCUUACCCGUGGGGGGCAAGGGGAUGGAGACGACUGACAUUUCAAACAUUUUGGCCUUUUUAUGGCUAAUAGUUAACGGAAAAAACGAGAACAAACAAAUAGCAACAACAGAUAAAUUGUUUUAUUAGUUGGAAACUGUGAUCCUUUGUUGCAAAACACCUUUUUAAGAUUUGAGGUUGAAAGUAUCCAUCAGCCUCGAGACAAGACACCUCUGUGCAGCACACGAAGGCAGAGGCGUAGUCUGAGAUUUUGAAGGUGUGCGCCUUUGGGUCUGGGGGGCAUGCUCUUACAGAAAAUUGUUUAAAAUUAGGGUCUCGGAAAUGCCAUUUCCAGGACAUUUUUAGUAAAUAAAUGCGGAGGAAAAUGCAGUAGUUAGGUACAGUAUUAUGGAAAAAGGGUGAAACAAUGACGCCAUUAAGGAGCUAAGGUUACAAGCAAAGGGCGAGACGCCUACCCUUCAAAUUGGCAACUCUGUUACAACGCCUUCAAUAUCAACGUCCGUUUAUGGAAUAAUGAAAAGAUAAGGGAAAAUAAUACUAACAACUGGAAACCAAUAUAGUGCCAAAAAAGAUAUCAGUCAUCCCAAUUCAAUGAUAAAAAUGCUUUCAGGAGAAAAAGAAAAUAUUUUUCCAGAUUUCAGCUGUACGCAUGGGCGUUUAUGCGUAUUUCUAAAAUAACCGACUAAGAUAGUACGCGCGUUCUGAUUGAUUAAAAACCUAUAUAUGGUUUAUUGCGCCGGUAAACUCAUUGAAAACUUAGAGUCAUUUUAUAAAAGCAAUAGAUACCACACUUUCUAUGGGUUUACCGGCGUGAUAACCCAAGUACUCGUCUCCAAAGUCAAACCAAUUUUCAAAUAAGGUACUUGCUGUUAAUAUCAGUAAUAUUGUUUUCCAUUGAUUUGAACACUUAUCCGUCUAAACUGGCGCAAAUUUAUUGAUAAAAUCAGUGUCACUGCAUGGUGAUCAAGGAAACUCGAUCAAGGCUAUUUUUUGUUUAUAUAAAAAAUGCUAACUAAUGUUUUGUUCUUCAGCUGGUCAUUGGCAAAUCAACUAUAAGCUUUCUUUGAGCGAUCAUCGCAUUUUAUAUUAAUUUACACACAGUGCCUUGUUUUUAGUUCCUAGAAAAUAAAUUAAAACAAGCACUUAUUUUGCAAGCUUUUCUUAAUUUAUAGUAACGAAGAUAUGAAAAACUGAGAACGCCGAGUUUUCAUUAAUUACUGUUGCGUCUGCACAUAUUUUUAAUGUUGAUGACGCAAUAAAUAUGUCAAUUUAAACUCCUGUGUGAGAUGAGUGAAAGAUAGAGUUUAUAUGCACCUUCGUCCGGCACCCUUGAGUUUAAUUACAAAAUUAUUAUGUCAAUAAAAGAUGAGGAUUUCUCCUUUGACAUGAGGAGAUCUAGAAGGUGAGUUAGCUAGUGAGCGAGUAGAUUAUUUUCAAUUCGAAACACCGAUUUAAUUAAAAGAUUAAUCUUUCUCCACAUUUGAAGAUUGUGUUCAUUUCCCAUUUUCCUAUUGAUAUUGCAGAGUAAUGGAUGGGAGUACCUUGGCUUUAGUAGGAGAUUUAGAUUAUAUCGCGUUUGGCGAGGGUCCCACCGACUUUUCCAUGCAGGUUCUAAAUCAUCGUGAUAGUCAAGUCGAAGUUCGACCAAAGUCUGUAAAUGCAGUCUCAAAGGGACUUCAAAGAAGCAUUUCUUAUGCUAUGGAAGGAACCAUGGUGUCGAGAGAAGUCGAUCUGUAUGAGGUAGGAGAUCACACCAUGAGAUUUAUUCGGGUGCAUUAUGCCCUUACUUCCUUCGUUUUGAAAGUGUCAAAUUUCGAUAGUGAAGCAGUUUAGUUGAAAACUACAUUUCACUUAUAUGUAUGAGUGUUCGACAUUUUGAAAAAUUAAUCUGUAAAAAUUUGGUGCGCAUCUUCAGUUACAAACGGGCACCUGCACUGCCUGCAGUCUUUUUGAAAACUCAGCUACAAGAUUCCGACAUUUGUUUGCAAUAGUUAAGAACCUUUUAGUACAAUGUUAAGAACUGAAGAACAAUCCACGUAAAAAAAAAUUGUUUAAUAUUGUUUAGAGGGCAUGUUGCAGAGUUUUGGCUAAAUUUGAUUUUCAUCGCCAGCGCGGUUGAAACCAAGCAAAUAACAUACGUUCACACAUUUGCAUCAUAGUGUAAUAAAUGUUCGUAUCUGACAUUUUUAUUUUCACAUCAUCUUCUUUAUUAUUAGUUUUUUCAUAAAGAAUCAAAGAUUUAUGCUCGGCGUCCAGCUUUGGCGAGUGUGCUAGCUUUUAGGUGUUAAAAUCUAUAAAUCCAUUUUUCGCCAUUUGUAGGAGAUAUCGAUUAUAGUUGUGCUGUUGCGAUAAAUUCCAUUUCCUGAUCCAGGAAAUUAAAUGAACAGUCUUUCAAACCAAUUUACAGUAACCUCUCAAAUGCACACAAUUGUGAGACGAGUCGGGGGAAAUAUUAUCUCUGGACGCGUGCGUAGUCUUGCAUUAGUUGUCUGUAGUCCAUAUAUCUGGCAAGCGAAACCUGCAAUUGAUACUCUAAAUAACUCAGAAAUAACUGUUCAAUUUUGUUCAGCUUCUUAGUUUUGUGACUCGGAAAAAAUUGUUUAUGAAAACCAACUGGCUUUCGCACGGAAAAAUACACUCCCAUGCAACGUAAUUCUAUGGUUGGUUGUUUGUUUGUUUUUUGAAGGGAGGGGAGAAAAUUCGGGUGAGUAAAUUGCCAGAAAAUUGUUUUGUGGAAAUUGCCCUCCUGAUAUUGCCUCUUGUAAUUUUAUUCUAUUGUUCUCUUAAGAGGUCCAGUCUAUUGUUUAUUUUGAAGUCCAAUUUAUUUCAUUUACUCAGGAGCCUGUUUUCCCUUAAAUAAUUUUAAUAAUUUGCACUCUAGAAGCACGUCCAAGGGUUUACUGAGUUUUGUCUGCCUCAGGCUUUUGCUACGUGGGAGAAAUUAACUUUACACUUUCUCGCGUCUUUAGUAUUCUAGCUAAGUCUCUUAAAAUCCUUUGUCGGUAUUUUUGUCAUCAUAAGGAGACGAAAAUGUAAUUUUCAGGUUCUAAAAGUGAUGUUUCCAGAAUGAUUUGUACUUAUCACAACGUUACCGAAUUCGUUUCAAUUUUGUUGCACCUAAAUUAUUCUGCCAUAAUCUGGGAAAGCGUGAUCAGUGCCACAAUUACUGACAGUUGACAGUUCAGAAUGGAAAUUAUGUUUCAGAUGUUUACCUAACUCAGAGAAAAUAAAUUGGACUCCAUUUGAUAUCAUCCCCUUGGAAAUGGCCUAGAGCGGAAAAUAUCUGACAUAAAUUAAACAUCCUUAAAGUAAUUAUAGUUAAACUCCUAGUGCCUCACCGGAGGCAAUGUUUAGUAAUCAACAAUUAUUCCAUGUAAUGAGAAUGAGACUUCAUAAAACUGCUAAAAUCAAAAUUUUAACCGAUUAAAGUUCAUUAAAAUCGCGUAUAAUUUUCUCCUUCGGGUUCACAUUUUAUUUUAUUUUGUAGCUAAGGUCAUAUAAUAUGCAUGAUAAUAGCAAAAAAAAGGAAAACAAAACUUGAAUUACGAAUAAAAUUGUAGCACGGUUGCAAAUCAUUCAAAUUCGAACCAGAGAAAACCUUCAAACUGGAAAGUGUAGGCAUUAUUUCUGGUACUCGUUAUCUCUAUUUGCAUGCCUUUUUCAGGGUACGAAUAUUAGUAUAGGUAAUAGCAUGAUUUGUAGGCGAUAUUUGGCAUAAAUACCACGACUGAUAUUUCUAAAUUGCUAUACGUAAUUUCACGAGUCGUUAGGCGAGUGAAAUUUGAGACAAUUUUGAAAUAUCAUGAGUGGUAUUUAUGCCAAAUAUCAGGUACAAAUCAUGCUAUUGUUUGUUUAUACUACUACCCGCAAAGGUUUUGUAAUUUUCACAUGUAGGUAGUUCAAAUUAAGCUCAAAUACCACUGCUCUAAGCCAAUCAAAUUGCAGAAAUUUGUCAUGUAGUACUAUAAAUAGAGAAAGACUUUACGGCCUCGGUAACGAUCCCAGAAACAAUUGCGGGACGUAUUUCGGCUCCAGUCCCCUUUCCGUUUCUUAAGCGGCAGAUGAUCAAGCUUUUAAAUGUACUUCCUUUUAACUCUCUGUAACUCUUGUUUCUGAUAUACAUUGCAAUUAUGGCCUUAAUUCCCUAAACUGCAAAUACAGCCCGCGUCUGUACUCUCUCCUUAUUGCCGCCAGGGUCGUUUCGCGGGAAAGACGUCUACGCUGGAACAACAAAAAUACGAUACUGAUGACGUAAAAUCUGUCCAGAAUCUGGUCAGGAGCUCUGAUUGGUCGGCGUAGUAAAUAUAUACUUUUAUUUAUUGUUUACGAAUGACAGGCAAAAGGUCACAAAGGUCAAAUGUGAACGUGACGAUGAAUCUACUCCAAGUUAGUCAAUAUUUCUAGAAUAUAUUCUUCUUGAGAAAAAGCAUUUGAGUCUUACUGCCACUUGUUCGCAGAAGAACUCAAAACUUGACGGCAAUAGACCAGGAAAACAUAAACGCGAACAAAUUUACAUUUGAAACCCCAUAACUACCAGAUAAAUUGUGUAAACGUUCCUUUACGUCACUAAUACGACAUUUCGGUCGUUCUGGCGCAUACGUCUCUCCCGCUAAAUGUCCCAAGCGGCAAAGAGCGAGGGAAGACGACUGUAUUCGUAGGCUAAACAUCCCCUUCAUUCAUUUUCAGUGCAUAAUUUUGAAGUUAUGGCACUGGUCUGAUUUAGACCUAAGCAAAUAACAUGUAUUGUCCGCUUUCUCAAAU